GUGCACACCCUUUGCCAGCACCACCACAAGGUGGAUUUCCUCUGUGCUUGAAGAGAGAGAAAACAAUGUCCCCGCACCUGUAGAGAUGAUUUGCAGUUCAGCCCAGCUGAAGCUGACUGAAUGAGCUAUGGGCUGUGCCUCUGCCAAGCAUGUUGCUACUGUUCAAAACGAGGAGGAAGCACAGAAAGGGAAGAGCUACCAGAACGGGGAUGUGUUUGGCGAUGAGUAUAGGAUCAAGCCCGUGGAAGAGGUCAAAUACAUGAAAAACGGGGCAGAAGAAGAGCAGAAAAUAGCAGCCAGGAACCAAGAAAACCUGGAAAAAAGUGCCAGCUCGAACACAAGGCUCAAAACUAAUAAAGAAAUCCCUGGCUUCGUCCAUCAACCCAGAGCAAAGUAAGUUCUCUUUCUGCUUUCCCCGGAUUGUCUCUAAAACCCCAGUUGCCUCUCGGGUAAUCGGGGCUUAUUAUAAAGCUUUAGUUAUUGAGAUGGUUAAAAACAAAACAAAGAAAAUGGUCUCAGAGCAUCCUCAGUGCAUAUCAAACCUGACAGUUCCAGGCCAGUUAGUAAAAUAAAUAAAACAGAGGGAUA